AUGGCUUUUAGUUUUAGUACCGUGGCGCUGCCGCUCCGCCGCCUCUCCGCCCUGACCUCCGCCGCCCGGACUCACACCCUCACCCCGCUACCAGCGCUGCUGCUGCCCGCCAACCACCACCACCACCACAGGUACCACUACCAUAGCAACACCACAGGUACUACCACUACAGCUACCACUACAGCAACACCACAGGUACCACUACAGCAACACCACAGGUACCACUACAGCAACACCACAGGUACCACUACUACAGCAACACCACAGGUACCACUACUACAGCAACACCACAGGUACCACUACUACAGCAACACCACAGGUACCACUACAGCAACACCACAGGUAUUACUACUACAGCAACACCACAGCUACCACUACUACAGCAACACCACAGCUACCACUACUACAGCAACACCACAGCUACCACUACUACAGCAACACCACAGCUACCACUACUACAGCAACACCACAGGUACCACUACUACAGCAACACCACAGGUACCACUACAGCAACACCACAGGUACCACUACAGCAACACCACAGGUACCACUACUACAGCAACACCACAGGUACCACUACUACAGCAACACCACAGGUACCACUACAGCAACACCACAGCUACCACUACUACAGCAACACCACAGCUACCACUACUACAGCAACACCACAGCUACUACUACUACAGCAACACCACAGCUACCACUACUACAGCAACACCACAGGUACCACUACUACAGCAACACCACAGGUACCACUACUACAGCAACACCACAGGUACCACUACAGCAACACCACAGGUACCACUACUACAGCAACACCACAGGUACCACUACUACAGCAACACCACAGGUACCACUACUACAGCAACACCACAGGUACCACUACUACAGCAACACCACAGGUACCACUACUACAGCAACACCACAGGUACCACUACUACAGCAACACCACAGGUACCACUACUACAGCAACACCACAGGUACCACUACAGCAACACCACAGGUAUUACUACUACAGCAACACCACAGCUACCACUACUACAGCAACACCACAGGUACCACUACUACAGCAACACCACAGGUACCACUACUACAGCAACACCACAGGUACCACUACUACAGCAACACCACAGGUACCACUACUACAGCAACACCACAGGUACCACUACAGCAACACCACAGGUAUUACUACUACAGCAACACCACAGCUACCACUACUACAGCAACACCACAGCUACCACUACUACAGCAACACCACAGCUACCACUACUACAGCAACACCACAGGUACCACUACUACAGCAACACCACAGGUACCACUACUACAGCAACACCACAGGUACCACUACUACAGCAACACCACAGGUACCACUACUACAGCAACACCACAGGUACCACUACUACAGCAACACCACAGGUACCACUACAGCAACACCACAGGUAUUACUACUACAGCAACACCACAGCUACCACUACUACAGCAACACCACAGCUACCACUACUACAGCAACACCACAGCUACCACUACUACAGCAACACCACAGGUACCACUACUACAGCAACACCACAGCUACCACUACCACAGCUACCACUACUACAGCAACAUCAUAGGUACCACUACUACGGCAACACCACAGCUACCACUACUACAGCAACACCACAGCUACCACUACUACAGCAACACCACAGCUACCACUACUACAGCAACACCACAGCUACCACUACUACAGCAACACCACAGCUACCACUACUACAGCAACACCACAGCUACCACUACUACAGCAACACCACAGCUACCACUACUACAGCAACACCACAGCUACCACUACUACAGCAACACCACAGGUACCACUAUAGCAACACCACAGGUACCACUACUACAACACUACAUGUACCACUACAGCAACACCACAGAUACCACUACAGCAACACCACAGAUAUUACCACUACAUCAACACCACAGGUACCACUACAGCAACACCACAGGUACCACUACAGCAACACCACAGGUACCACUACAGCAACACCACAGGUACCACUACAGCAACACCACAGGUACCACUACAGCAACACCACAGGUACCACUACAGCAACACCACAGGUAUUACUACUACAGCAACACCACAGGUAUUACUACUACAGCAACACCACAGCUACCACUACUACAGCAACACCACAGCUACCACUACUACAGCAACACCACAGGUACCACUACUACAGCAACACCACAGGUACCACUACUACAGCAACACCACAGGUACCACUACUACAGCAACACCACAGGUACCACUACUACAGCAACACCACAGGUACCACUACUACAGCAACACCACAGCUACCACUACUACAGCAACACCACAGCUACCACUACUACAGCAACACCACAGGUACCACUACUACAGCAACACCACAGGUAUUACUACUACAGCAACACCACAGGUACCACUACUACAGCAACACCACAGGUACCACUACUACAGCAACACCACAGGUACCACUACUACAGCAACACCACAGGUACCACUACUACAGCAACACCACAGGCACCACUACAGCAACACCACACCACCUGUAGCAAAAGCUGUUUGAUAAGAAGCUGCCAUUACUGUUCGUUAUCUCAACUUACACUGACCUUACAUUCCCUUCCUGCUUUGCAUAGCAGAUAUAGAGGAGAA